AUGCAUCAAUGCUCCGCCUGUCAUACUAAGAUUAAGGAUUCUGAAUGCAUGCAAUGUUGUAUCUGUGUGGCAUACUAUCAUUGCAUAUGGGUCGCCACUUCGCCUGCUCAGCCUCAAAACCUACCGACUGAAGUUAAGGCAGAUUGGCUGUGCCCUGAAUGUCGGAAUAAAAAGCCGCACAGCGAUAACUCUAAUACGCCGGUCCGGCCAUCGACGCCCAGUAACCCCAAAACAAACGUUACCUUGCGCCGUAAAGGCCCGGAUUCACUCCUUGAGUCAGACGCCGGUACGAGUUUUAAUGUAUCACGGUCGGAGUUGCGUGCUAUUUUUAUUAUACAGGAGGAGAUGAGGGUCAUCAUAGAAGAAUGCGUGAGAGAUUUGAAAGCUGACCUGAAUAGACAACUAAAGGCUUUUAGGGGAGAGAUUACUGGUCUCACGGAAUCAAUAUAA